CUCGCUCCCCGCCCGCCGCUUUACGGCAGCGGCCGCGGUGUGUGCGGCUCCGGGCUCGGCCGGGCGGUCGGGGCGGACAUGGCCAGUACGAUGGUGGCGGUCGGCCUGGCCAUAGCGGCGGCUGGAUUCGCAGGUCGCUAUGCAGUAAAAGCUAUGAAGCAAAUGGAGCCACAAGUUAAACAAGCACUUCAGAACCUACAAACACCUGCCUUCAGUGGUUAUUACAGGGGUGGAUUUGAACCCAAAAUGACUAAACGAGAAGCAGCUUUAAUACUAGGAGUGAGCCCUACAGCCAACAGAAGUAAAAUUAGAGAAGCUCAUAGACGGAUCAUGCUUCUGAAUCAUCCAGAUAAAGGUGGCUCUCCAUAUGUAGCAGCCAAAAUCAAUGAAGCUAAAGAUCUACUGGAAGACCAAGCUAAAAAAUGACAAAAAUCUAUCAGAGGUUUUGUCCCUGCAAAUGAUUAUUUUUGAUAAACAGCUUAAGAAAAGUUCUAAUGUCAGUCUUUGACUCUGUGUAAAUGAAGCUGGGAAUACAAAUCCAGGGAGCUGCUUCCCUCCCUACUCAGUCACUUUUUUUGGGAAAUGUGUGAGGGAGUCAGGCUUAAAAGUUUUUUCAUAGCUGUUCUUUAUUAAACAGCACAAUCUGCCACUCAGAAAUUUCUAUUUUCAGUGUAGAGAGCAAUAACUUGGUGUGAGCAGUGCAUGUUACCAGGCAGACUUACAUGCUCUUGCCUAAUUUCUGUUAAACUAGUUGUGUUUAAAAUGCUGCUGCUCUUCCAUCUGCCAAAGUUAACACAGUGAACCAGUUUGGGGAGGGGGUGGAAAAAACCAAGAGGAUUUUUUGAUUGGAAUAGCUGGGACAGAUGUGUGGUUGUCUCUGACUGAAGAAAUAAAGUUCAGGAAACAGUGUA